CUGGUACCCAGGGGAGGAUCCUUCAGGAGCCUGAAAUAACCCAGUCAGUAAAGCAUCGAUCUCUCAGUCUGAGCAUGCAGGGUUUGAAUUGCUGAUCAAGCCCACGCUGGAGUGUUCAUUACUUGCAAGAACAGCUCAAUGUAUAAUAAUGAAUUUCACUUCAUAAUUCCCAGAAGGAAUGCUAAGGCAUCUAACAAAUCAACUGGCACUCUUAAUACUUAAUGCUAAAUGCCUGUAUUAAACAUCUGAUGUUCCAGCUCUUCCACUAAACUUCCAGGGAAUACGCCAAUAAUUUCCUGUGUAGAGAGUGUGAGGGUUUAGCUUUUAAGUUUAAUGUUAGAGCCAAACAGAAAGAGCAUUCAGGCAGAGGGAAGCUCUGUGAGCUCACGUGUUUUAUCUUGUGCUCUCAUUUAGAGUAUGGAAACAACAUGUUUUUUAUAAGUACCUGAGAUUUGGCACCUGGCUUUUUGGGAAGCAGCGAUUCCUGCUGGAUAUUUGGAUGUUUCAGCUUGAACACACCCUUUUCUCUGAACAGACAGACCCUGUGUGAACCUCUUCCUCCUUUAUAGUUGGCAAAAGAUGUCAAAUGUUUUUGUCUAGGAAGUGCAUGACCUUUUCUACUGUUUCUUUUGCUUGCUUGGUAAUAUAUUCUCUUUCCCUUGCCAAAGAUAAAGCCACUAACCCAUCUAACAGGCAAGAAGACUGGGAAUACAUCAUCGGAUUCUGUGACCAGAUCAACAAAGAACUUGAAGGGCCACAGAUAGCUGUGAGACUCCUGGCUCAUAAAAUCCAGUCGCCGCAGGAAUGGGAGGCAGUUCAAGCCUUGACAGUGCUAGAAGCUUGUAUGAAGAACUGUGGGAGGAGAUUUCAUAAUGAAGUAGGGAAGUUUCGCUUCUUAAACGAGUUGAUAAAAGUCGUGUCUCCAAAGUACCUGGGAGACCGAGUCUCAGAGAAAGUGAAGACCAAAGUCAUUGAGUUGCUGUACAGCUGGACAGUGGCACUGCCAGAAGAAUCCAAAAUCAAGGAUGCCUACUACAUGCUGAAGCGACAAGGGAUCGUUAUGUUUGAUCCUGUGAUUCCUGCAGACCGAACCCUGAUUCCUUCUCCACCGCCUCGUCCCAAAAACCCUGUGUUUGAUGAUGAGGAGAAAUCCAAGCUUCUAGCCAAGCUCCUGAAAAGCAAAAACCCAGAUGAUUUACAAGAGGCCAACAAACUUAUCAAAUCCAUGGUAAAAGAGGAUGAGGCUCGGAUUCAGAAGGUGACAAAGCGCAUGCACACGCUGGAGGAAGUGAAUAACAACGUGAAGCUGCUAAAUGAGAUGCUGGUUCAUUACAGCAAAGAGGAAUCAUCGGAGGCCGAUAGGGAGCUCAUGAAGGAGCUCUGUGAAAGGUGUGAAACCAAAAGAAGGACAUUAUUCAAGCUGGCCAGUGAGACAGAGGAUAAUGACAGCAGUUUGGGGGAUAUUCUGCAGGCCAGUGACAAUCUAUCCCGUGUGAUCAAUUCCUAUAAGAAAAUCAUAGAGGGGCAAGUGCUCAAUGGUGAAGUGGAUCUCCCUGGGAUGUCUGUAGUGGAAGGGAGUAACUCCACCAGUAACCUCAACACCCUCAUUGACCUGGCUGGACUGGAUGUCAGCAGCACCCCACAACCUCCACUGCCAGCCAGCACCCUGACACCAGCCCCCCCAGCCGAAAUCCCCAUCCUCCCACCUCCUCCCCAGGCAUCUGCACCCCUGAGGAGCAGCUCCUCUGGCCAAGUGGAAGCUGCACCCGCUCAGCAGAGCAGCAGCUCCCUCUCCUUGCUGGAUGAGGAGCUGCUGUGCUUAGGCCUGAAUGACCCUGCCCCUGCAGCAGCAAAAGAGACCUCAGAAAACAACCAGUGGAGCAUGUUUGAGAAUGACCAGCUGGACCUGGAUUUCUUUAACCCGAAGAUGGUGACUGUUGCUUGCAACCCUGCAGGGAACCCUCUUCUCCAUCACACAUCCCAGACCACGUGUGGAACGUCAGUGACGCUGCCCUCUGCUUUCACAGCCUCUCAGGCUGCUCCCAGCAUCCCAGCACCGAACUCGGCACCGUUUGUAUUCCCAGCUGGACCAGCUGCCCCUGUGGGGCCUCCUAAGACUGUUCCAGCUGCUCCUGGGUACUUCAGCUCGUCUGUGGGGAGCAGUAUGUCCCAUAAGAUGGAUGCAUUGGGACAACUCCUUGAAGAAGCCAAAGGGACUGCCACCCAAGGCAUGGUGACACCCUCAGUGUUCCCUGGGGCUGCUUUGCCAACCACUGUCACCUCUGCCCCAUUGAUAGCACCUGCAGGGCUGCCAGCCACUGCCCCUGCGGGCCCUCCAGUUCCCUUCCCAAGCAGCUGCCCUGCUGGCUCAGGAAGCCCUCUCUUCCAGCCAGCAUCAUUCCAGCAGCAAGGCAGUCCCGUGAAAGCACCUGAGAUUUCCUUGGCCAAUGUCCACGUUCCUUUGGAAUCCAUCAAACCCAGCAGUGCCCUCCCAGUGACAGCCUACGACAAGAACGGCUUCCGGAUCCUCUUCCACUUUGCCCGGGAAUGCCCGCCGGGAAGGUCGGAUGUGCUGGUGGUGGUGGUCUCCAUGCUGAACACGGCACCGCUCCCUGUGAAGAACAUCGUGCUCCAGGCUGCUGUGCCAAAGUCCAUGAAAGUGAAGCUCCAGCCGCCCUCUGGCACGGAGCUGUGUCCAUUCAAUCCCAUCCAGCCGCCUGCUGCCAUCACCCAAGUGAUGCUCCUGGCAAACCCUGCGAAGGAGAAAGUGAGGCUCAGAUACAGACUGACCUUCACGCUGGGAGACCAGCCCAGCACAGAGGUGGGCGAAGUGGAUCAGUUUCCCCCCGUAGAGCAGUGGGGGAACCUAUGACCUUGGGCCACUGCCAGAGACUGUGACAGGACCAGGAGAGGCUCCCGCAGGACUGGAAUGGCUGUGGCGCGGCGAGGGACACGCGUGCUAUCCACUGGUGAUGCUCAGCUUUGUUUACAUGUCCUGACCACUCUGCUUGUAGCUUUAGUCCAGAAUGUUUUGCCCCGCGUUGGAGGGGUCCUGGAACAUUGAUGCCAAGCAUGGACUGAAGUGGCAGCUGGUAGCAGGCAGUGCUGGCUGCUUUCAUCUUGACCUCGGGGUGAGUCUGGUUCUCCCUUCCACUCCAUUAAACUUGAAGCUAUUGUAUGAGCUGUCAGCAGAGCGGGAUUUAGUUGGCUCGUUCCUGUACUGCUGUCCAGAGAUACCACAGGCUGGUGGGGUGAUGAUGCCGGGAGCUUCCUCAGUGCAGAGCCCUUACACACGCCCUCCCUCGGACUCUCACCUCCUCAGUGCCACAUGGACCCGCUGCACAUGUGGAGCAAUAACGCUGGAUCCGUGAGGGAAUGCUGAUUUUUUACACUGGAAUGGCACUUAAAUCCCUUCCUCCCCCUCUGCUGCUUCACUCCCAACAGCCAACAUAAGCAGCCCCUCGCUCUGUGCUGUGUGCUGCUGCUCUGUCUUUAGUUGGUCUGUAUUUGAUUUGCUGCCUCCCUUCUGUAUCACUCGGGGCAGCUGAGGUUUGGAUGCAGG